AUGAAGCGAUGGAAGUACGCUGUGUCCGCAGUCUACGUACGCGAGUAUCCUCACGUCAUGGGGGUAUCUCACAGGAACUCUGGAUUGCUGCCCAGGUCCAUGAUCCUACGCACAGGCCUUGUCCCCCCGAUCAUUGUACGCAAACAGAUGAUAUACCUCGCCAAAUCGGCCAAUGCCCACGGUGUGGUGAACCUCGACCCUGGCCUUCCUUCUGGGGAUGGCGUCAAGCAGGACCCGGAAUGGAUCCAGCUCUUAUGUGCCAUUCCCUACCCUACGAACGCAGGCGACUUGCAACAAUUUGUGUGUGCAGUCAACUGGUUGCGGGACUCCAUGACCGAGUAUGCACAGACGAUGGAUCCACUCCAGCAGUACUUGACAAAGGCUCUCAAGGGUAAGGGCAAGAAACGCAAAGGGCAAGAAACGCAUCGCGUCUGGUGUUCACUUGGAACUAACCGACGGCGAAAAGGAACCGUUCGAUACAGUGAAGUCUAA